AUGGGUAACUUGGGUGAAAAAGAGAAGGAAAACGCAAUUAAUGAAGUGAGAAUACUUGCUUCAAUUAAACAUCCUUGCAGACCAUCAGAAUUUUAUAGUAUAAUUAUGGAGUUAGCAGAUGAUGGUGACAUUUAUUAGAAAAUUCAAAAAAUGUAAUAAGCGCAAUCAAACUUUCAAGAAAAUGAGGUUUGGAAAAUAUUGAUUUAAGUUAUCUUCGGUCUAAAAGCUUUGCAUGAUUUGAAUAUAAUGCAUCGUGAUAUUAAGUCUGCCAAUGUAUUUACUAAUAAGGAUGGAAAAGUAAAGUUAGGGGACAUGAAUGUUUCUAAAGUUGCCAGUAGAGAAGGUCUGAAUUAUACAUAGACAGGAACUCCCUACUAUGCCAGAGAUGAGCCUUAUACCUUUGUUAGUGAUAUAUGGUCAGUAGGUUGUGUGUUGUAUGAGUUACUCACUCUUAAACCACCAUUUCAAUCAACAGACAUGGGUGGAUUGUAUAAGAAAGUGCUAAAAGGGCAUUACUCGAAGAUACCAAUGCACUACUCUUCGGAUUUAUCCAUAAUGCUCAAGUAAAUGUUGCAAGUAAAAUAAGAAAGCAGGCCAAACUGUGACUAAUUAUUGUCUCAUGUUAAUCAGCAGAAAUAGAUAAUCGAAUAAAGUUUAACAAAUAAAAAUAUUAACUUACCCUAAAUUGGAAGCUUAAAAUCAAUAAAAGCAAAAGAUAACUCUCCUAGUGUUUUAAAUAGAGUGAGACGCAGUAAAAAAAGUCUAGAAUCCUAAAAUUUAUUACUAUUAAAAAAUAAAUCUAUGGACAUGUAUGGAAUAACAGAGGAUAAUGAUGAUAUUUUAGAGCGAGAUUAUUUUGCAGAUCCUAUUCUAAAUAACUCUUCUAACAAUCUAAAUAAUAUUAAUAGUAAUAAGCAUAUUGCUGGAAUGAAUAUUAAGAAUUCACCAAUCGAAACGCCUUAGAUUGCUUCUUAGUUUGAAAUAAGUAUUUAGGAUGACACCUAUGCUCAUUAAAGGGAACUCCAUAAAAGAAUACUUUUAGGCAAACCAAUUAAGCACAAUAAUAUAAAAAAUGCUAAGAAAAAUAAAAUGGUGACACUUUAAAAGCCCUAAUUGAUGCUGCCUCAGUCUAAAAAGAACUCUUCAUUAAUGUAUGAAGAAUAUGUCAAAUCCUACAAGAUUCCCUCUUCAAUUCUUACUCCUUUGCAAGAUAAUUUAACACUUUAACAGUCUAAUAAAAUGAGCCAAAAUUUGUCCAUAAAUGAUCGGAUUGCUGGACACAAAGAGUCAAUAGGAAUGCUGCCUAAAAUAUAAAAUGAAAAAACAAGGAAUUUGGAGUAUCAAGAUACAGUUUCAUCAAAUAAUAAAUAUAGAUACUAGUCUGAAUCAUCAGCAAGUGGAUUAAAUAAUUAUAAGAAAUCAUCUGUUCUAAUUAAAAAUCAUGCCUAUUAGCAUCAAUAACUGCACAAUAAUAGUCUUUUACUUUUGCAUCAAACCUAAAAUGAUUAAUCUCACUUAAAGAGUAAUGCUAAUAUGCAAGGUUAACACUCAGCUAGUUUGACUAAAAGUUCAAAAUCAGUUUUAUUAAAGAAUUAGAUAUAAAUUGUUCGUUAAGACCAGAUCACGAGUAAUGGGAGUUUUAAGAUACCUUAGGGGCUAUCUUUGCUAGAAAAAUAAAAAUCUGCGAAUGCAACAUCCAAUGAAAAUCCAAGUAAAAGUAGCCUGCAACUAGCUUCAAUUAAUAGAGAAUUCAAGGGUAAUCUCUACUAAAAUAUUUAGUAUCACUAAAGUAGUGGUAAACUUUCAAAGAACUUUAGUAAAGAGAACAGUGGGUUAUAGAGUGCUGCUGGGAUAGGAGGAAUGAUCCUCAAUCUUAAUUCUGAAAAUUUAGGUCACAAUGGACUUGCUUAGAAGUCUUAUUUUAGCAAUCCAAACAAUUUAAAAAUGUGA